AUGGCCAAGUGGCUGAACAAGUACUUCAGCUUGGGCAACAGCAAGACCAAGAGCCCCCCGCAGCCGCCGCGGCCCGACUACCGCGAGCAGCGGCGCCGGGGCGGCGAGCGGCCCUCGCAGCAGCCCCCGCAAGCCGUGCCGCAGGCCUCCGCGUCCUCCUCGGCGUCCUGCGGUCCGGCCGCCGCCUCCUGCUUCUCGGCCUUGUCCGGAUCGCUGCCCGACGACAGCGGCAGCACGAGCGACCUCAUCCGCGCCUACCGCGCGCAGAAGGAGCGCGACUUCGAGGACCCCUACAACGGGCCCGGCUCGUCGCUGCGCAAACUGCGCGCGAUGUGCCGCCUGGACUACUGCGGCGGCGGCGGCGGCGGCGGCGGGGAGCCGGGCGGGGGCCAGCGCGCCUUCUCCGCCUCGUCCGCGUCGGGCGCCGCGGGCUGCUGCUGCGCCUCCUCCGGCGCGGGCGCCGCCGCCGCGUCCUCGUCCUCCGGCUCCCCGCACCUCUACCGCAGCAGCAGCGAGCGGCGCCCCGCCACACCGGCCGAGGUGCGUUACAUCUCCCCCAAGCACCGCCUCAUCAAGGUGGAGAGCGCCGUGGGCAGCGCCGCCGGGGACCCCUCGGGGGGCGCCUGCUCCGGCGGCCGCACUUGGAGCCCCACCGCCUGCGGAGGCAAGAAGCUGCUCAACAAGUGUGCCGCCUCGGCCGCGGAGGAGAGCGGGUCCGGCAAGAAGGAGAAGGUGAUUAUCGCUGAUGACUACUCAGAUCCCUUUGAUGCCAAGAAUGAUCUCAAGAGUAAAGCCGGAAAGGGAGAGAGUGCUGGCUACAUGGAGCCCUACGAGGCCCAGAGGAUCAUGACAGAAUUUCAGAGGCAGGAAAGUGUCCGGUCCCAGCACAAAGGCAUCCAGUUGUACGACACCCCUUACGAACCUGAGGGCCAAAGCUUCGACUCGGACUCGGAGAGCACAGUCAGCCCCCGACUGCGGGAGAGCAAGCUGCCCCAGGAUGACGACAGGCCCGCCGAUGAGUACGACCAGCCGUGGGAGUGGAACCGGGUCACCAUCCCAGCCCUGGCAGCCCAGUUUAACGGCAGCGAGAAGCGACAGUCGUCCCCCUCGCCUUCCCGGGACCGGCGGCGCCAGCUUCGAGCUCCCGGAGGGGGCUUCAAGCCCAUCAAACACGGAAGCCCCGAGUUCUGUGGGAUCCUGGGCGAAAGAGUGGAUCCUGCUGUCCCGCUGGAGAAGCAAAUAUGGUAUCACGGAGCCAUCAGCAGAGGAGAGGCCGAGAACCUGCUGCGACUCUGCAAGGAGUGCAGCUACCUCGUCCGGAACAGCCAGACCAGCAAGCACGACUACUCGCUGUCCCUGAAGAGCAACCAGGGCUUUAUGCACAUGAAACUGGCCAAAACCAAAGAGAAGUACAUCCUGGGUCAGAACAGCCCGCCGUUCGACAGCGUCCCGGAAGUCAUCCAUUACUACACCACCAGGAAGCUGCCCAUCAAAGGCGCGGAGCACUUGUCCCUCCUCUACCCCGUGGCCGUGCGGACCCUGUGA